UGAAGCGGCUUUGCCUAAGUAUUCCAGAACGGCAAAGCCGGCCAUUCGAUCUAUUAUAUUGUUUUACGAAACGCCACUAUAACCGCCCACUCCACGUUCCUUCAUUUUCUCCGACACAGAUCCGCCACGUACCACCCCCCAUUCGAUCUCCUAAAUAAACGCCACGCACUUCUUCUAUAUCAUUUCCUGUCUCCUAAACCCGGUCUGUUUUUUUUCUUCUCUUUUCUCCUCUCUACGCGUCUUUUUCCAUCAUAUCACUUUUAUGCAUGCAUCGUAUUGUGGUGCGGUGAUGAAGACGCGAGGGAAGGGCAAGAUCUUCAAGUGUUUGAGGCCCGCAACUGCCGACGAAGGCUACUUUAAACACUCUCGAUCAUGCGAUAGUUUCGCCGAUUUUCCCGAGUAUUCGUCGUCCGGAUCGGACCAUGGAGGAGGAGGAGGACGCGGCGGUGAUGGUUCCUCCACCGCCGUCGUCGCCGCCGCCGGAGAUCCGAAGAUUUUGAGACAUUUGACUAUGAGAAAGGCUACACAUGCAGAUCGCUCCUCGGACGUCGACGCUCCUGAUGAUCCUAACGCUCGGAAAGGGAAAUUCCCUGGAAAAUUCCGUCGCGUCCUUAAGGCCGUGUUUUUUGAAGCAUCCUUGUUAAGGAAACUUCGAAAGACGGAUUCUUCGUUGCCGGCUCCGUUUAGAUCUCGAUCGAGCAGUAGCACUAAUCUAUCAUCAUCAUCAUCGAAAUCGAAAUCGCAGAGGAUGUCGAGGAGUGAAAGUUUUGCGUCGAUGGGACAAACAGAAUCAUCAGAGAAAUUUUCUAGGAUAAAUUCAUCAGAUAGUUCUUCAUCACGGUUAUCUUCGUCGUCUAUGAUGACCGCGAGAGAGUUAUCAUCAUCAUCAUCAUUAUCGCCGUGUCCAAGUGUUCCGCGCUGUUCUCUGGCGUGUUGUUUGGACCGGAACAGAUCCAUUUCGUCAAGGACGAAGCAGGUGCUGCAGCAGAAGCUUGAGCGCGGGCGUUACUGUUGGAAAGUUGGAUGUUGUUGUUUAAUUCUUUGUUUAUUAGCUUUGCUGUUUUGGGGUAAAGCGCUGGCGAUUGUUUUCAUUUCUGCGUGGCUUUACUUUGCUCCUCUUUAUUUCAAAUCCGCCAUUGAUCCGCCGCCGUUGUUUGAGCCCAGUGAAUCUUGCAUGAUUACAUCAACCAGGAACCGACCUCGCCAUGCCAGAAGACACAGUGGAUUUUGAUCAUAACCGCCGAGGAUAUUGCAGUUUUUUUUUUCUAUUUUUUUGCGGGAGCAUAGGGGACGCCAUUGCCUAAUUGG